GUCGGCCUGUGCGGCGCUGCGGCGGAGCGGGCCAUGGCAGUGGGGAGCGGGCGAGUGUAGUGCUGCGCGGGGCAGGCGGGAGGUGAUCGAGAGAGGCAGGGAUGGGGGCGCCGGAGUGGAGCGGUUGCGGCGGCCUGGGCUGCUGACUGCGCACUUGGAAUAGUAGCAGGCGGCGGCGGCGGAGCGCCAGGCAGGUGAGUGCGGCGGCCGGGACCCGGAUGCGGCGCCGGCUGCGGUGCCCCCGGGCGUGCUGGCGGUGCGUUCUAGCUUGCCGCUACCUGCGGCGCUGGCGACUCUUGUGGUUGCACCGCGCUUCCUUCCAGCUUGGAGGAUAACCGCCUACCGGCCGGUGGGGGCGUCUGGCUUGGUUGCGGCCCGCCCUGGGCUCUCCAAGUGUAUGUUUUAACUGGAAAAAGUCUUCCAUGAAAACGUCACUUUUAAAAAAUAAGUAAUGCCAUCUGUUUUCCUAAAAGACUGAAAUGGGGGCGACCAUUCUUAGGGCCCCGUGGUUAUGAAUGUGCUUCAGUUUCAUAAUGCCUCCUGCUAUGGCAGACAUCCUUGACAUCUGGGCGGUGGAUUCACAGAUAGCAUCUGAUGGCUCCAUACCUGUGGAUUUCCUUUUGCCCACUGGGAUUUAUAUCCAGUUGGAGGUACCUCGGGAAGCUACCAUUUCUUAUAUUAAGCAGAUGUUAUGGAAGCAAGUUCACAAUUACCCAAUGUUCAACCUCCUUAUGGAUAUUGACUCCUAUAUGUUUGCAUGUGUGAAUCAGACUGCUGUAUAUGAGGAGCUUGAAGAUGAAACACGAAGACUCUGUGAUGUCAGACCUUUUCUUCCAGUUCUCAAAUUAGUGACAAGAAGUUGUGACCCAGGGGAAAAAUUAGACUCAAAAAUUGGAGUCCUUAUAGGAAAAGGUCUACAUGAAUUUGAUUCCUUGAAGGAUCCUGAAGUAAAUGAAUUUCGAAGAAAAAUGCGCAAAUUCAGCGAGGAAAAAAUCCUGUCACUUGUGGGAUUGUCUUGGAUGGACUGGCUAAAACAAACAUAUCCACCAGAGCAUGAACCAUCCAUCCCUGAAAACUUAGAAGAUAAACUUUAUGGGGGAAAGCUCAUCGUAGCUGUUCAUUUUGAAAACUGCCAGGACGUGUUUAGCUUUCAAGUGUCUCCUAAUAUGAAUCCUAUCAAAGUAAAUGAAUUGGCAAUCCAAAAACGUUUGACUAUUCAUGGGAAGGAAGAUGAAGUUAGCCCCUAUGAUUAUGUGUUGCAAGUCAGCGGGAGAGUAGAAUAUGUUUUUGGUGAUCAUCCACUAAUUCAGUUCCAGUAUAUCCGGAACUGUGUGAUGAACAGGGCCCUGCCCCAUUUUAUACUUGUGGAAUGCUGCAAGAUCAAGAAAAUGUAUGAACAGGAAAUGAUUGCCAUAGAGGCUGCCAUAAAUCGAAAUUCAUCUAAUCUUCCUCUUCCAUUACCACCAAAGAAAACACGAAUUAUUUCUCAUGUUUGGGAAAAUAACAACCCUUUCCAAAUUGUCUUGGUUAAGGGAAAUAAACUUAACACAGAGGAAACUGUAAAAGUUCAUGUCAGGGCUGGUCUUUUUCAUGGUACUGAGCUCCUGUGUAAAACCAUCGUAAGCUCAGAGGUAUCAGGGAAAAAUGAUCAUAUUUGGAAUGAACCACUGGAAUUUGAUAUUAAUAUUUGUGACUUACCAAGAAUGGCUCGAUUAUGUUUUGCUGUUUAUGCAGUUUUGGAUAAAGUAAAAACGAAGAAAUCAACGAAAACUAUUAAUCCCUCUAAAUAUCAGACCAUCAGGAAAGCUGGAAAAGUGCAUUAUCCUGUAGCGUGGGUAAAUACGAUGGUUUUUGACUUUAAAGGACAAUUGAGAACUGGAGACAUAAUAUUACACAGCUGGUCUUCAUUUCCUGAUGAACUCGAAGAAAUGUUGAAUCCAAUGGGAACUGUUCAAACAAAUCCAUAUACUGAAAAUGCAACAGCUUUGCAUGUUAAAUUUCCAGAGAAUAAAAAACAACCUUAUUAUUACCCUCCCUUCGAUAAGAUUAUUGAAAAGGCAGCUGAGAUUGCAAGCAGUGAUAGUGCUAAUGUGUCAAGUCGAGGUGGAAAAAAGUUUCUUCCUGUAUUGAAAGAAAUCUUGGACAGGGAUCCCUUGUCUCAACUGUGUGAAAAUGAAAUGGAUCUUAUUUGGACUUUGCGACAAGACUGCCGAGAGAUUUUCCCACAAUCACUGCCAAAAUUACUGCUGUCAAUCAAGUGGAAUAAACUUGAGGAUGUUGCUCAGCUUCAGGCGCUGCUUCAGAUUUGGCCUAAACUGCCCCCCCGGGAGGCCCUAGAGCUUCUGGAUUUCAACUAUCCAGACCAGUACGUUCGAGAAUAUGCUGUAGGCUGCCUGCGACAGAUGAGUGAUGAAGAACUUUCUCAAUAUCUUUUACAACUGGUGCAAGUGUUAAAAUAUGAGCCUUUUCUUGAUUGUGCCCUCUCUAGAUUCCUAUUAGAAAGAGCACUUGGUAAUCGGAGGAUAGGGCAGUUUCUAUUUUGGCAUCUUAGGUCAGAAGUGCACAUUCCUGCUGUCUCAGUACAAUUUGGUGUCAUCCUUGAAGCAUACUGCCGGGGAAGUGUGGGGCACAUGAAAGUGCUUUCUAAGCAGGUUGAAGCACUCAAUAAGUUAAAAACUUUAAAUAGUUUAAUCAAACUGAAUGCCGUGAAGUUAAACAGAGCCAAAGGGAAGGAGGCCAUGCAUACCUGUUUAAAACAGAGUGCUUACCGGGAAGCCCUCUCUGACCUGCAGUCACCCCUGAACCCAUGUGUUAUCCUCUCAGAACUCUAUGUUGAAAAGUGCAAAUACAUGGAUUCCAAAAUGAAGCCUUUGUGGCUGGUAUACAAUAACAAGGUAUUUGGUGAGGAUUCAGUUGGAGUGAUUUUUAAAAAUGGUGAUGAUUUACGACAGGAUAUGUUGACACUCCAAAUGUUGCGCUUGAUGGAUUUACUCUGGAAAGAAGCUGGUUUGGAUCUUCGGAUGUUGCCUUAUGGCUGUUUAGCAACAGGAGAUCGCUCUGGCCUCAUUGAAGUUGUGAGCACCUCUGAAACAAUUGCUGACAUUCAGCUGAACAGUAGCAAUGUGGCUGCUGCAGCAGCCUUCAACAAAGAUGCCCUUCUGAACUGGCUUAAAGAAUACAAUUCUGGGGAUGACCUGGACCGAGCCAUUGAGGAAUUUACACUGUCCUGUGCUGGCUACUGUGUAGCUUCUUAUGUCCUUGGGAUUGGUGACAGACAUAGUGACAACAUCAUGGUCAAAAAAACUGGCCAGCUCUUCCACAUUGACUUUGGACAUAUUCUUGGAAAUUUCAAAUCCAAGUUUGGCAUUAAAAGGGAGCGAGUGCCUUUUAUUCUUACCUAUGAUUUCAUCCAUGUCAUUCAACAAGGAAAAACAGGAAAUACAGAAAAGUUUGGCCGGUUCCGCCAGUGUUGUGAGGAUGCAUAUCUGAUUUUACGACGGCAUGGGAAUCUCUUCAUCACUCUCUUUGCGCUGAUGUUGACUGCAGGGCUUCCUGAACUCACAUCAGUCAAAGAUAUACAGUAUCUUAAGGACUCUCUUGCAUUAGGAAAGAGUGAAGAAGAAGCACUCAAACAGUUUAAGCAAAAAUUUGAUGAGGCGCUCAGGGAAAGCUGGACUACUAAAGUGAACUGGAUGGCCCACACAGUUCGGAAAGACUACAGAUCUUAACGAUCAGCCUUCGCUCCUAAUGUAUUUGUUGGUUUCAUUUCAUUUUCAUUUUGCACUUGCACUAAAUUGAACAUGACCCUGUUAGAGAUGUUAUAAAGGGAAUGAAAUCCUGGAACUCAGAGUUAAAUUAAGAACAAGGCAUCCCACAGAACCUAAUCUGAACAAUCCCCAAUGAUUCCCUCUGCUUUUUGAAUGCUUCCAAGACUUAUCAUGAAAACUGUCAAUGGAUAAUCAUUUCCUGCUGACUUUGCACGCCAAGGAAUGCUACUAGGGAUUGUUUCCGUUUUUGUUUGUUUUUUCUAAUAUUUGGUACUUCCCAGAAUGGUGUAAAUACUUCUUUUCAAUGUUGUGACCAAGUAUUGUCACUCAGCCAAUAACUUUUCCACACCUGGGGGUUGGUGGCUGUUCUUACUGUCCAAAUGAAGCUAAAAAGAAAGGCAUCUUUCUUCCCUUUUAAAAUUGUGUAAACUGCAAAUUAUAAUAUAAUUUGAAUUUAUGAUUAUUUUCCAGAAGAAAUCUUGUAAACCUGUGGAUACUCAUUAAUUCUUUUGUUAAUAUUUAUUUCCAUGAUAGCAUCAUUCCAGCCAGACUUGCUGAAAAUCUACUGGUGAGGCAAAUAUAAUAUAUAUAAAUAUGCUACAUAUAUAUUUAUAAAAUUUCUAGUGGGAGUUCUAUAUAAAUGUUUCUUUGGUAUUCUUCAGCCUGUGAUUUAAAGUUUUACAAAAAGCAGAGCUUUUUCCUAAGUUACUUUUCAGUUAGGUAACUGUGUGAUCCAGUUCUUCCAGCUGCUUCUGUAAUGAGGCACAUAUUAAUACAGUUUUUAUAUGGUAUCUAUGAAAGAGUUCACUUCAUAGAGAAUAAUACUUGAGCAAAUGUAUCCAAGAAAGCAAGCAAAUGAAAAGAAACCUAUUUAUGGAAUAAACUCCAGAUCUGAAAUUCAGUAUUUUAGAAAAAUGCCAACUCUUCUUACUGUAUUUAUUAAAACUUGUAAUAAUGUGAUUUUUUUCAAGGAUAUUAGUUCAAAUUGAAAUGGUUUCAUGCCACACGGAAAUCUUUAAGUUAUUUGUUGAGGUACCAUAUAUUUAGGGUGCUAGGGGCAAGUAAUGUUAAUAUGUGCAAUAGGAACUACUGGUUUGAAUGUGUAAAUGGGUGAUCUCUCUGAGUCCUGGCAACAUCCAGCAAAACUACUGCUUAUUCUCCAAAGAAUAUUGGGAGCUCUCAAUCCUCGGUGAUAUGGGAAAGAGAACUGAGUAUUUGCCCUAUGACUGAGCUUUCUAUAGGAAUUUUAUUAAAGAAUGUUUAAUUUUGUUGUCCUCCUUAAUGUUCUCAGUCAAAUAAAUGAGUGAGCUGGUUUCGGCUGUUCUUGGAA